AUGGAAAUCUACACCACAUCUUUCACUUACCCUCGUCGUCUACGACACGCUCAUUCCCCCACCAAUUCGCUUGACUUCCACCCCCGCUCAGAGCUGCGCCGCGCAAGCUCCUACUCCCAGAUCCAACAGCCUCCCAAUGGCCUCGCAGACCCCCAAGGCUCCGCGUCCGCCGCCGACUACGAUGCGCUCCAGAAGCUCGCCAUGCUCGCUAUGAGCAUCCACGGCGUCCACGUCUCGUUCACGCCCGCCGACCAGGGUCGCUCGUGGAACUUCCAGGUCAUGUUAGCUAGGGGCAUGCUGCUCAAGGGCUCUCCCAUCCAGAACCGAGCCUCCAUCAGAGUCGCGCGCUCAGAGAUCCUCGAUUCUCCUUCGUCCAAGCCCGCGCUUAAGCCGGAGGUCCGCCGGCGGUUGGACGACAUCGCCUCGCAGACGUACGCGCAUAUAGCGGUGGUCAACAGUCCGCUCUCGCUCUCCACGCGCACGCUGCCGGAUGGGAUCACCAGUACCGCGGGGUGGACUGGGCUCGAGUCGGAGAGGGUGUGCGAGCUCGUCAUUACAGGGCAUGGGGACUCGGUCGACCUUGCGCGUGUGCGUCUGCUGGUCAUGCUCGAUGAGUUGAGCGGACUGCACGCCGAGUUCUGCGAGAUUGAGAACACGCUUCACUCUAUCAUCGCCGGGCGGAAGCGCAAUGUGCUGCAGACGAUCCAGGAGGAGACGGCUACGAACAUCUACUUCCCUUCUCCCCUGCAGGGAGUUGUAGGCCCCGACAUGAACCCGUCGCCGCCCAACGGCUCCCCAACGGCCCAGAAUAAGGCGAACAUGAACACCAUCUGGAUCACGGGGGAGUUCUUCGGAGUACAACGGGCGCGCGACAUGUUGCUACAGAUGUCCCUGACGAAGGGGAAGCAGCUCAUCUCUCGAGACAGCGCCAUCCUCCCUCGCAAGAUGGACUGGAUGGUAACCGAACGUGCCGAGGACCUGAAGACUUUGAUGCACGACAAUGCCACCUUCAUUCAAUUCCCUCCUAUCGGUAGCUCCACCAGUUUAAUCACGGUUAUCGGCGACAACCGAGUCAACGUUCAGCGUACCAUCAGGUCUAUUAUGCAACUGGCUUGUCAAUUCUAUGUCGCGUCGUUGUGGCUGCUGCCGGCUCAGUUCAACGCCCUCAUGCCUUCCACGAGCUUGAACCCCUCUCAAGUCUCCAUGAUCCUUAAGCAGGUGUCUUACGCCACCGGCGCGGAGAUCGUCUUCAAGGGGAUGUGCUUCGAGAUGCACGGACUGGAGCACGAGGUUCGCUCGGCGGUAACGAUGCUCCUUGAGCUUGACAUAGUCAAGACCUUCCACCAUGAGAUACGCUUCCAAAUCGAGCUUGCCAACGAGCACCGCGAGUUCAUCAGCGGCAAGAAGAACGGGAAGAUCAACAAGAUUAUGCAGACCACGAACGUGAAGAUCAAGUUUGAGACCUUCAACGAACAUAACUUCCUCAUCGACAUCGCUGGUAGCGACGUGUCAGUUCUCCAGGGGUUGACGCUACUCCAGGAGGAACUCCCCGCAGAGGUCUCGUUCCACGUUCCAGAGUCGUAUCACAAGCGCAUUAUUGGUGUCGGCGGACGCAGCAUCCAGCGCAUCAUGAAGAAGUAUGGUGUUUACGUCAAGUUCUCUAACGCCGAAGAGUUCGCGGCUAUGGGAGGCUACAAUGACAACGAGGACAACGUCAUCGCUCGUACGCCUGCUAAGAACGCCAUGAACCUCGACAACCUGAAGCAAGCUGUCAUGGAACUCGUGAAUCCGAAGGAUAAGGACUACAUCAACGAGACGGUGUCUAUUCCUCGGCGGUAUCACCGCACCCUUCUUGGAGAGAAGUCUAUCUUUAUCCAUGACAUCGAGGCGAAGACGAACUGCACCAUGCGCUUCCCUGACAAGGAGAUGGCAUCGGAUCUCGUCACCAUCUUUGGCCCCGAGUCGCAGGUUCAGAUCGCUGCCACCAUGCUCUUCGAUCAUGUGCCGUUUGAGGCUGACAUGGCCGUACCGCCCCAUCCCGACCUGGCCAGGAUUUGCCAGUCGCAGGACUUCCUCGGUUUCGUUGACCGCGUGAAGCGCGACCUGCAAGUCGCCAUCCUGCCUAACGUCAAGUCCUCCGUCGCAAACGGCUCGAUGGGAGAGGCGCUCACGGAGUGCUCGUUCAAGUUCCGGUGCCAACGUAGUAACAGUGACUACCUGGCCACUGCCCGGGAGAUGCUUGAACAGUUCCUCAUCGAGCACAAUGUUCACGUGUACCCAUCGGCCACGUCGCGCACUCACCAGCGCGGGGACUCCUUUACCGACGCUUUCCCGCACUUCGACAGCAAGGUCCUUUCGACGGCUCGUACGCGCCACCAAAACUCUGCCGACCUGGGCAGACCAUCGGAGUCGAUGAUCGACAGGCGCUUGCGUCUCGCGAGCUCCUCCCCAGAUGUCAAGGCGCUGUUCAACAACUCACCGUCGUACUUCUAUCAUCUCGAGGAGGAAGACGACUUCGACUCGCAGGCGAACUACAUGCCGGGAGCAUCCAACAGCGAUUACUGGCCGCCUAUGCCCAUCGGACCGAGCGUUCCGCAUCGCACCCACCACACUGCUGAAGACGCUCUGAAGCGCGGAUCUGACUCUUUGCUGGAGUCCAAGCUCAAGGAUCACCAGCUAUCGAAGCCCCGCGCUCUCACAAAUCGCGCGCAAUCACUUGACUUGACGUUCUCGCUGACUCGCAUCAGCGAGGCCCAUCGGGGUUCCGGCCUUUCUCGUCCGGACUCGCCCGACACCACCGGGACAAACGGCACCUCCAGUCCGACUUCGGUCACGGCUCCAUUGUUCCCCAGCGUGUACGGUCCUCCUGGUGGGUCUCGCGGAGCGGCCGCCGGUGGGUCAAUUAUCGGCAACGGGUCCAGCCACGCCAUGGGCCGAACGGGUAUGAACUACGACGACGAUGCCGUCGACGACGUCUCGAGAGUCAUCUCGAACCUCGGCCUCUAA